UGCCACUGCCAGGCCACAGUAGUGUAAGGGGGCUAGAAUGAGGUGGGGGGGACACCCCACUGCAGCUGCCAAAAUGUUUUGGACCAGCUCCUGAAUGAGGGGGCAAAGGAAACAACCAAAGGGAGAGAAUUUCAAAGUCUGAAUGCAAAAGGAAAGGGAUGCAAAGCAGGGCCUCGGCAGAUGUCCAAAUCAGGUUGGCAGAGAAAGGGAAGGGAAAGGCCUUCACAUGUGUGCUCCAUAUGCCUGCUGAGACAGGGAUUUUUUUACAACUUCACAUGAAGUAGUUUGAACAGUAUGGAAUUGAAGGACUCCUGACCGUUAGUAUUAUCACUGGGACAGAUCAGAUUUUCUCGCUUGUUCAUUCUUUAAGAUUACAGCAUAAAUUGGCAGCUGGCACCCUGACUUCAUCUGCAUUGGACCAAUCUCAAAAGCAAACGAUACACUGGACAAACACACCACAAGGCAGGGUGGGGGAUUGUGCUGCAUCCUUCGCAGUUCACAAGGAAAGGAAAAGCUUUCAGGGAAGAUCAGAACGUGGAAAAGAUACCUCAAGGCGCUGAAGUUCCUCUCAACCCAUGGAUAAGAAAAACAAACUGGUAAUAUCCUUGUUCACUUUUGCUGUUGGCAUCAACAUCUGCAUUGGAUAUGCAUUUUUCGAUAUCCCAGGCUCAGUCUUAUCAGAUUCCCCCAUGAUCAGUACUGCUGGAUCCUGCAAAAACAGAUGCUUUGAACUGCUUGAAGAGGCUGACCCUCCAGGGCCAGGGUGCCAUUGUGACAACUUGUGCAAGACCUACAUCCGUUGUUGUUCUGACUUUGAUGAACUGUGUUUAAAGACAGCUGGAGGCUGGGAGUGUACAAAAGAGCGCUGCGGAGAGGUGAGGAACGAAGAUCAUGCUUGCCAGUGCUCUGAAGACUGCUUGUCCAGAGGAGACUGCUGCACUAAUUAUCAAGUUGUUUGCAAAGGAGAGACUCACUGGGUUAUGGAUGAGUGUGAGGACAUACGGACUCCAGAAUGCCCAGCAGGUUUCCUUCGUCCUCCUCUGAUAAUCUUCUCUGUUGAUGGUUUCCGUGCAUCAUACAUGAAGAAAGGCGAUAAAGUGAUGCCCAACAUUGAAAAACUAAGAACCUGUGGAACACAUGCUCCGUAUAUGAGACCCGUCUAUCCUACAAAAACCUUUCCUAAUUUGUAUACACUGGCAACGGGACUCUAUCCUGAAUCUCAUGGAAUCAUUGGGAAUUCAAUGUAUGACCCUGUGUUUGAUGCUUCCUUCAGCCUUCGAGGCCGAGAGAAAUUGAAUCACAGAUGGUGGGGCGGCCAGCCGAUAUGGAUUACUGCUGCCAAGCAAGGGGUGAAAGCUGGUACAUUCUUUUGGUCUGCUAUGAUCCCUCAUGAGCGCAGAGUAUUCACUAUACUGCAGUGGCUAACUCUACCAGACAAUGAAAGGCCUUAUGCUUACGCUUUCUACUCUGAGCAACCAGAUAUCGCUGGCCACAGAUAUGGCCCUUUUGGUCCUGAGAUGUUGGGCCCACUAAGAGAUAUUGACAAGGUCCUAGGACAACUAAUGGAUGGACUGAAGCAGCUGAACCUCCAUCGCUGUGUCAACAUUAUCUUUGUUGGUGAUCAUGGGAUGGAAGAGGCCACUUGUGAAAGAACUGAAUAUCUGAACUCCUAUCUGUCUAAUGUGGAUGACUUAAUUCUGAUACCUGGAACACUGGGGCGUGUUCGUGCCAAAGUUAACAGUAACAUCAGAUAUGACCCCAAAGCCAUUGUUGCCAAUCUUACUUGCAGGAAGCUGGAGCAACACUUUAAGCCCUAUUUGAAGCAACAUCUUCCUAAGCGCUUGCAUUAUGCUAAUAAUCGGCGGAUUGAGGAUGUUCAUUUGUUAGUGGAGAGAAGCUGGCAUGUGGCCAAGAGGCCUGGGGAUGUCCUCAAGAAACUAACAGGGAAAUGUCUGUUCCAAGGAGACCAUGGGUAUGACAACAAGAUUAAUAGCAUGCAGACUGUCUUUGUAGGCUAUGGCCCUUCAUUUAAAUUCAGGACAAAAGUUCCUCCAUUUGAAAACAUAGAACUUUACAAUGUUAUGUGUGAUCUUCUUGGAUUAAAACCUGCUCCAAACAAUGGGACCCAUGGAAGCUUAAAUCACUUACUGAGGACCAAUACAUAUAAGCCAGCCAUGCCAGAGGAGGUUGCUAGGCCUCUCUAUCCUGUAGCUACGACACCUGCAUCUGACUUUGACCUAGGAUGUACGUGUGAUGACAAGAAUAAGUUGGAUGAACUAAAUAGGCGUCUUCAUGUCAAAGGAACGGAAGAUAAACACCUCCUUUAUGGUCGCCCUGCUGUUCUUUAUCGUACAAAAUACAGUAUCCUGCAUCACAAUGACUUUGAAAGUGGCUACAGUGAAACCUUCCUGAUGCCUCUCUGGACAUCGUAUACCAUUUCAAAACAGGCAGAAGUGUCUGGUAUCCCAGAGCAGUUGGCCAACUGUGUAAGGCCUGACAUGCGCAUUUCUCCAAGUAAUAGCCAGAGCUGUUUGGCCUACAGAGUGGACAGACAGAUGUCUUAUGGAUUCCUUUUCCCUCCCCAACUAAGUUCCUCUCUGGAUGCAAAAUAUGAUGCUUUUCUAAUUACAAAUGUCAUUCCAAUGUAUCCUGCCUUCAAGAGGUUAUGGAACUACUUUCAACGGGUUUUGGUGAAGAGAUACGCCAUCGAACGGAAUGGAGUCAAUGUUAUAAGUGGACCAAUCUUUGAUUAUGACUUUGAUGGCCUGCAUGACACACCAGACAAAAUAAAACUGUAUGUGGAAGGAAGUUCAAUCCCAGUUCCAACCCACUAUUACAGUAUCAUAACAAGCUGUCUAGACUUCACCCAGCCUGCUGACAAAUGUGAUGGUCCAUUAUCUGUUGUGUCCUUUAUAUUCCCUCACCGGCCUGACAAUGACGAGAGCUGCAAUUACUUGGACGACGAAUCUCGAUGGGUUGAAGAACUCUUGAAAAUGCACACAGCCCGAGUCCGUGACAUUGAGCAGCUCACCAGCUUAGACUUCUUCCGGAAGACCAGCCGAAGCUACACAGAAAUUCUCUCUCUCAAGACAUACCUGCAUACGUUUGAAAGUGAAAUUUAACUUCCUCUUAAACUCAGCCCAUCCUCUCAUGAAGUGGUGUAUAUUUUUAUAUUUAUAUUUAUUAAUUUGAAACAGGACAUUAAAAUUAUUAGUGUGUUUAAUCUUGCAUCAGAUCUUAAAUAUAUUAAGUUUUGUGUCAGUUGUUUUUGAUUUUUAUUUUAUUUUAUUUUUUAAUUUAGGCUGCGUGUUCUGGUUUUCCUAAAAAGAAGAGCUCUUGCAGUGCUGCUCGAGUCUUUUGGUCAAUGCUUUCUUUAAAUGGUGCUGCAGAAUUGAUGAUGAUAUUUGCCUUGAGGAAACGUUUAAUUUCCCUAGCACUCCCUUGCCUCGUUUUUAGUCCUGUACUGUGUAUCAAACAUGUAAAAUGACAAUUACUAUUAACUAUGUGAUAGACAUAUUUAAGCUCCAUAGAUAAUAGAAACGUAAAUAUAAUAAAACCACACAUUCAGUUUUUUACUUUGUGUUCCUUUCUCGGACAAUAUCUGAGUAGACGUCAAAAACGUUUUCUGGUUCCUUUUAUGUUGUGCAACCAAAGCACAACUUUCUACAUGGAUCUUGAAAUGAUCCUCUAACUCAGGGAUAGGCAACCUUGGCUCUCCAGGUGUUGUUGGACUACAACACCCAUCACCCCCCAGCUACAGUUUAGUGCAGCUGGGAUGGUGGGAGUUGUAGUUCAACAACACCUGGAGAGCCAAGGUUGCCUACCCUUGCCCUAACUUAAUUUUAUGUAAUUUUUAUUUGCUUUUACUGUAUUUGUAUAUCGCUUUUCAACAAUAAUGGUCCUUGAAGUGCUUCACAAUAAUAAAAUCAAAAUGACAGAUC